ACUUCUGAAUCUCCGGGAAAUAAAUCGAUUUGUUAAUCGACUUAGAUAGGAAUUAAAAAUAAAAAACUAGGUAGCUUAAAUACGAUACCGUAGGUAGUUUUACAAAAGUUGGUGAAGUUUGGGAAUAAGUGCAAUGGAAGAUAAGUUUCGAAGAAGUAGAAGAACGUCUUGAGGACGAAGGGGUGCAGCCGUGAAUUGAUGAUACAUUGGAGGAACGAUACACAUUUGGUCCCCCCUUUCCCGAGGGAUAGGCGAGGUCACACUUCUCGGAGACGUCCCGGUGAAGUCGAAACAAGGAUACGAGGCAAAAAGGCGUCCCAACCGCUGCCAGAGACGCGAGCUCGCGCGCGAUAAAAUAUUCAUGAGCACUUUUAGGGUGCUCCACGAAGAUGGGUCGCAUCCAGGCCAUGAAGAGCAUCCCUUGAGGAAGAGCUCCGGAAGACUUUGUCCCGCCUCGGUGGCCGGGGUCGCGGGAAGUGAACAAAACUAGAAGAUUUCAGGACGCAUAUUUUCCAGUCUUCGGACCCUCGGAAACGAGGAAUCCCUUGGACAAACAAACGGCGCAAAGGAUACCCCAAAGUUUUUAACGGCAUCCCAAGAAGAAUAGCAGACCUUGAAGAGCACCCUUCGAAGACCGAAGAAAAGUGAUAGAUCUUUACGGACGAUUUACAAAAUCCAAGGCCCGAGGAGCGAGACAAUGAACAUUUUUAGAGGCUGCAAUAAGGCCUUGAAGAGUGUUCCCCACUUCUUCAGACCCCCCAGAAAACUGUCUUUCCUAGAGUCCUAGGAGGAUCCAGGUCGAGAGGAGCCAGACUUCAGGGCGAAGCUUUUCCUGGCUGUGGAGCCUUAAUGAGCGAAAACCGCUUCGAGGUGAGAAGCAAGCCCCAGGAGGUGCACCAUGGAGGAGGCGUGCAGCGGACUGAAUUUAAGCACGUGCACAGGGAACGGGACCAGCAAGGACGAGGACGCCUAUGCGUUCGACUAUCAGCAGCUCCAGAACAUCGUCUCUGUGGUGGUGCCGGUGUUCUUCGGGGUGAUCGGCCUCCUAGGCCUCGUCGGCAACUUCCUCGUGGUGAUCGUAGUCGCGGCGAACCCUAACAUGCGAUCCACCACAAACCUCCUGAUAAUUAAUCUCGCGAUUGCCGACCUGCUCUUCGUCAUAUUCUGCGUGCCAUUUACCGCGACCGACUACGUUAUGCCGUUCUGGCCGUUCGGCAAUAUCUGGUGCAAGUGCGUGCAGUACCUCAUCAUCGUCACCGCAUGCGCCAGUGUGUACACCUUGGUGCUGAUGAGCCUGGACAGGUACCUUGCAGUGGUGCACCCGAUAGCAUCCAUGUCGGUCCGAACGGAAGCUCACGCCUUCCUGGCGAUCUGCAUCGCCUGGGCAGUCAUCCUGACAGCCUCCAUCCCAGCCUUCGUGAUCCACGGCGAGGUGAGGUCCUUCGGGUCGAAGGAGAGGACCCAAAGGACUCCUCCUUCGGCAACUAUCGGCUCGAGUCCUGGUUCCGUGUCCUUGAGCGGUUCCCUCGCAUUCCCACAGGUGCUCGACUCGUUUCAGGACCCUUACAACUCGACGGUCACCAGGACGUCGACAGCCUGCAGGGUCCUGCCCCAGUUCAACUGGCCCCUCUUCCAGGUGACUUUCUUCCUCAGCAGCUACAUCGUGCCUUUGACCCUGAUAUGUGGUCUCUACGUCUGCAUGUUGCUGAGGCUCUGGAGAGGAGCCCACGUCAGCGCGGAGAGCAGGAGGGGAAAAAGGAGAGUCACCAGGAUGGUCCUCAUCGUCGUUGGGGUCUUCGCGAUCAGCUGGUGUCCCAUUCAGAUGAUCCUGGUGAUAAAGUCUUUGGACCUCUACCCGAUGUCGUCGACUGCGGUGACGAUCCAGAUCGCGAGUCAUGUCCUGGCCUACGCCAACAGCUGCGUCAACCCGAUUCUCUACGCCUUCCUCAGCGACAACUUCCGGAAGGCCUUCCGGAAGAUCAUCUACUGCAGACCUCGACAGGACCCCCACCAUCGUCUGGGUCCUGCGACCAGGACGACGAGAGCUGCCAGCACGGGAGACAUCAUCUAGGCGAUGCCGGGGCCAAAAAGAAAAAACGAAAAAUUAACCAGACGUGGUGCGGUGGAACCCUAAUCGUUAUCAGGCGUUAU